UGAUUUGUACUCCACUUGGGUAAGGUUUAUACCAUCUACUCUUUAGUGAGAGUUCUGAAAAAGCUUUACUUCUACGGCGAAAAUAUGACUACUCAAAAGAACACAAAAAAAUUUGAGGAAAUAUUAGAAAGUGACGAUGAAUUUCCCGAUGAUUUUAUUGAACCUCCUGACAUUCCUGCUUAUUUGAAUGAUCACAGAUUUGAACCCAUUAAAUUCGAUUGGAUAUAUAACAAAAACAUUGGUAAUAAAAAUUUAAAUGUGCCAAAUAAUAAAACAAAAAAUAUAUUGAUUUAUGAUAAAUGUAAUAAAAAAGGGCUGCUAAGUAAAUAUGAUAUGUACUGCUUAAAAAGUUUGGAAAAUAAAAUUGCAGACAAUACAUUACUUUGGUUUGUUAAUUAUUUGAUGUGUAAAGAUAUGCAGUCACAAUAUAAAUUUCUUAGGAGUUGUCUUGUUAACGAAGAUGUGUGUACAUUAAAUCAAUGCAAAAAAGUAAUAGAUAAUUAUAUAGAUUUAAAUAAAAAAUGCAAUUACAGAAUUAUUGUAAAGUGAUGAAUUAAUAAUUAAAACUAUGAUCUUUUUUUAUUUUGCUUAUUGUUAACCAAAUAACUGUUUUGUUGGUCUAGUGAUUGUAAGUGUGACUGUUGAAAUGAAAUGAUAUAUUGUAGUAUGACUGUUGAUCAUGUCCUGGUAUUUGCACCAGAUGUGCCAAAAUUUGCUGGCAUAAUCCUCUUAGAAAUAAGAGACUUGUGUCCAGCAUUGGAGCAUUUUAAGCCUGUAACUUCUUAUGUAUUAUUUAGUUUUAUAAUAUCUUAUCAGAUGUAGUGUUCAGUUUGUCAUCACUCCAGUCCAUCAGUCUGGUCCAACUGAUUGUCUUGGUUAGAUUAUUGGUAGACUGACAGUGUGAUUGUAUUUAUCAGUCUCUUAUUAAUUAACGCUUGGAUAGCUAUGUAGUAUCACAAGCCCUCACAACCCUCAAUGUUAAUGUUAAUUAUUGAAAUGAAAAAAAUGUCUUUAAAUUUAAAGGAUAAACCAUAGAUUACCCCCUAAUAGAUACCGCAUCAUUGAAUAUUUGUUCUGUUUUGAGUUGACCAAAUGUGGCGGUAUGCAAGGGUUGUGGGGGACGUGUCAAAUGCGCUGUGAUUGGACAUUUACAGGUCAAACUUAGAAUGCACCAAACUGUAGUGAUUGAACAGGGUUGGGACGUUGAUCGAUAAAUUUGGAAUUUAUUGAUUAUUUAUAAAUAAAUAUAUUGAUCAAUUUUUAUUUGAUGUAUAUUAAAAAUUAACCAAUGUAUACAUAUAUUUGUACAUUUAACUUAUAAAUACAUGUUUGACAGAGUUUUUAAAAUGUAUAAGCUUAGUAUAAAAUUGUCUCACCGAAUUCUUAGGGUCUGUCUUCCUGGAUAAGUAGAGUAAUCAUAUGUCAAUGUAUUUUGCCAUGACACUUUUAGCUAAAUCAAUGACAUGAUUAUAACUUUCGUGAUCGAAUUGGUGAUUUUUUAUUUCAGGAAAAAUAUCCUCAUUAACAAAACUGCUUAAUGUUUGUGUUACAAAACCUCGGCGACCAUCUACAGAUCUGUACCACUUUCCUAGUGUUUUUACAGAGGAUAAAACAAGUAUUAAAUGUUUUGUGUGCAUAAUUAUAAGCCUCAGUUGAGUAAAAAUUUAUGGUGAGUGUAAAAGCUCUCAACUGUAGUGAACAUUUUUUUCUAACAAUUUUGCCUAUUUUUCCUUUCAAUAUUUGACGAAGCAUAAUUUCACCACAUUUGACUCCUAAGGAACUUAAUACGUCAUUGUUUUCGGCUGUAAAUAAAUUUUUGUUUUCUAGUUCUACCAAUAAUGACUUCAAAGAAACUAUUUGUCUUUUUAGUCUUCUGUUGGAAUCACUUAACUUUUUAAUUUUUUUAUCUUUUCUGUUCAUUACGUUGGUUAAUUUGAUGAUUCUUCUAUAAAGAUGUUUUUAACUGGAGUAUCAAAUGCAGAUGGCGUAUCAGGUAUAGGAGAAAAUUUUCUUUAAUGUUUUGUAGGCGUUUCUAAGCAAUGGCUCAGAUUUUUAGAUGUUGGAGAGUUUUUUGCGUCUUCCAGCGGCGAACCAGUAAUCUGAAAUACGUAUUCGUUUCUUUUAAAAUAUUACUAAUAAUUAUUAAGGUACUUAUAAUACGUUUAUUGUUUAUUUAUACAAAUUAUAAUCAUUUAAUUAAUUCUUAUUAUAAUCAUACCAAUUUUUUCAACGAUGUGCCGGCCACAGGAAUUUCCGUAUUUUUAGCUGCAAUAUCUGCACUUGAACCUAUGGUAGGGACGGGUGCCUAGAAGUAGUAUUUAUUAAUUAAUACACCAUACGGCACGUCUUCCAAAUUUCGAUGUACUUAAUAAUAAUAGUAAGAUAUUACUGAAGUUCAUGUAACACUAGAAUACCAAGUCAAAACAAUAAUCGCAUUAUAACUUUUACAUGUUUUAUGAUUUAUAAAUCCGUUAAAAAUAGUUUGAUUUCGACAUGUAACAUUCACCUUAAUAUUAGAAAUUAGAAUAUCAUGUUUCACUCAACCACUAAAUGCUAUUAUUGUGUUAUCUACAUUGGUACUAAUCUUUAAAAAUAAUGUAAAAGUCCAUACCAAAACUGGGAAGUAUAGAAAUGAUAUAACGUGAAGGCACCAAUUAUGGACAGUUUAAGAAUUUGGUCUUACAUUUUUAAUCACUAUUCAUCUAUUUGCAAAGAUACAAUGUUAUGACUAUUAUCAAAUUGUAGACCAAUAAACAUGCUUUAUUACACGUACAUAUAUAAUUUAUAUAGUGUUAUUGUUUCUGAUG